AUGGAUCUGAUGGGUGAGAUUAAGGAACUUAAAAGACAAAAUGCUGAGAAGGAUAAGAGGAUUACCCACUUGGAGUGCCGAGUUGCGGACCUAGAACAGUACUCCCGCAUGAAUGAUGUUAUCAUCAAUGGGUUGGAAACCAGGCCCCGGUCAUACACCAGGGCGGCAGUGCCAAAUGGAGAGCCCACUGAGCAAGACCUUGACUCCCUGGAGCAACAGGUGAUCACAUUCUUUGACAACAAAGGCAUAGCCAUGAACAGUAAGGACACUGAGGCGUGUCAUCCCCUUCCCCGUAAGGAUGUAAAGGCAAAGUCUGCUGUGAACACGUUCUCCAAGUCCCAGAUGCCUGAAAAAAUAACAGGAGUGAGUCCCAUCCACAACGGCCAGGUUUGCAGUACAUGGGGCAACUACCACUACAAGACCUUCGAUGGAGACGUUUUCCAGCUGCGCUCAACCUGCAACUAUGUCCUGACCUCCUCAUGCAGGAGCAGCUACAAGGACUUCAACAUCCAGAUCAGAAGUGAGGAGGCCGACGGCCAUCGCAUCAUCAAAAACAUCAUCAUGAAGCUGGAGGGGUCGGUGGUGGAGCUCUCUGAUGACUCAGUGGUUGUUGAUGGUGAAACAGCCAUCCUACCAUUCAGUAAAGCAGGAAUGCUCAUUGAGAAAACUCCCACCUACAUCAAAAUCAAAGCGAAGCUGGGAUUAGUUGCCAUCUGGAAUAUGGAAGACUCUUUUCUGGUGGAGCUAGAUGUGAAGUACAAGAACCAAACCUGUGGUCUUUGCGGAGACUUUAAUGGGGUCCAGCUCUACAAUGAGUUCUUCAGCCACGGUGUGAAGAUUUCCCCCCAGGAUUUUGCUAACUUCUGGAAAAUGGAUGGUCCGACUGAAAGCUGCUCUGACUUCACACAGGAAUCAACGAUGACCUGCAAGAACACGAAACCUCUGUGUGAGCAGAUCCUCACAUCGCCGGCCUUCAACAGCUGUCACAGUGUCCUGGACGUCUCCUCCUUCACAUCCGCCUGUAUUUCUGACCUCUGUCACUGUGGCAGCAGUGGCGUAGAACCGGUCGAGCCCCUCUGCCUUUGUCACACUGUGUCAGAGUUCUCCAGACAGUGCAGCCAUGCUGGUGGCAGACCCCUCAACUGGAGAACCAAGGAGCUCUGCUGGAAAUCGUGUUCUCACCAAAUGGAGUACAGAGAGUGUGGGAGUCCUUGUGCUGAUACCUGCUCCAACCCAGAGGCCAGCCACACCUGUGACAACCACUGUAUCGACGGAUGCUUCUGCCCUGCAGGCACCGUGCUGGAUGACUUGGGCGGAACAGGUUGCAUCCCACUGAGCAAGUGUUCCUGCAGCUACAACAGCGGGAUCUAUGGACCAGGGGAGUCCUACUCCAGUAACUGCAAAAAAUGUGUGUGUGAGAGCGGCCAGUGGAAGUGUACAGAGGAAAGCUGUCCCGGAAGCUGCGCCGUGGAGGGAGGAGCUCACGUCAACACCUUCGAUGGAAAAUUCUACACCUUCCAUGGAGACUGUUCCUACGUCCUGGCAAAGGACUGCAGUGGAUCCCAGUUUGUGGUGCAGGGAGAACUGGUGCAGUGUGGACUGACUGAAAGUGAAACCUGCCUCAAGACUGUGACUUUGGGUUUGUCUGGAGGGGCUAAUGUGAUCACAAUCCAUCCCAACGGAAAAGUUUUUGUGAACGGCAUCUUCGCCCAGUUACCCUUCUCUGCUGCUGGGAUCUCCGCCUUCAGAGCGUCCUCUUUCUACCUGCUGGUGCAGACGUCUGUUGGAGUUCUGUUGGAGGUGCAGCUGCAGCCAAUCAUGCAGCUCUACAUCACAGUGACCAGUGAAUACAAGGCCAAGACCUGUGGUCUGUGUGGGAACUUCAACAGCAACCAAGCCGACGACUUCCUGAAACUCAGUGGUGUUCCAGAUGCCACAGCAACUGGAUUUGUCAACAGCUGGAAGACUCAUGCCAGUUGCCCAGAUGUGAAGAGCAACUUUGAGAACCCCUGCAGCCUCAGUCUGGAUAACGAGAAAUACGCCAAGCACUGGUGCUCCAUGCUGAGUGACCCUCAGGGGGUGUUUGCCUCCUGUCACUCAGAGAUCAGCCCCGACUUGUACAGUGAGAACUGCAUGUACGACAGCUGUAACUGUGAGAAAAGUGAGGACUGCAUGUGUGCUGCGGUGUCCUCAUACGUCCACGCCUGUGCAGCUGCAGGGAUCCAGAUCAGCGGCUGGAGGAAGGUCAUCUGUGGGAAAUACGCCAGCUCCUGCCCCAGCAGCAUGGUCUACUCCUACAACAUCACAUCCAGCAGUCAGACCUGCCGUUGCAUCAGCUCCGAACAUCUCAGCUGCCACUUCUCCUUCCCGCCCAUCGAUGGCUGUGUCUGCGCAGAGGAAACCUAUCUGGACGACUCCGGGAAGUGUGUCCCUGCUAAGGCUUGUCCCUGUUAUGACAAAGGCUCUGUGGUGCCUCCUGGACAGGUCGUCAGCAAGGACGGGCUCAUGUGCACCUGUAAGGGGGGCAAACUCAAAUGCAUUGGAGAGAUUGUUGAACAGCCAUCAACCUGCGUUGCUCCCAUGGUGUACUACAACUGCUCUGCUCAGGGCCCAGGUGCAAAAGGAACUGAGUGUGAAAAGAGCUGCAACACAUUAGACAUGACCUGCGUGACCACAGGGUGCGUCUCCGGCUGUAUGUGUCCCUCUGACUUGGUGUCUAAUGGUAAAGGAGGCUGCAUCAAGCCAGAGGCCUGUUUCUGUGUUCACAACGGCAUCUCAUACCAGCGCGGAGAGACCACCAAGGUGGACUGCAACACCUGCACCUGUAAAGGCAUUAAGUGGGAGUGCACCACCAACCAGUGUGAUGGAACCUGCUCUGUCUACGGUGCCGGACACUACAUGACUUUUGACCAGAAGCGCUUCACCUUCGAUGGCACCUGUGAAUACAUUCUCACUCAGGACUACUGUGGCAGCGCUGAGAGUAAUGGAACAUUCAGAGUGAUCACUGAGAACGUCCCGUGUGGAACCAUAGGAACCACCUGCUCCAAAACCAUCAAGAUCUUUCUGGGGAGUGCAGAGCUGAUUCUCACAGAGGGAAGCUAUCAGGUGAUUUCAAACGGAAAUGAAGAGACAGCUCCGUUCCGUUUCAGCACUAUGGGCAUCUACCUGGUGGUUGAAGCCAACAAUGGACUCAUUCUCAUGUGGGACAGGAAGACCAGCUUGUUCAUCAAGCUCAGCUCGAAAUACAAGGGUCGUGUGUGUGGGCUGUGUGGCAACUACGACGGCAAUGCAAAUAAUGACUUCACCACAAGGUGCCAUGCUGUGGUGGUCAACCCCCUGGUGUUUGGAAACAGCUGGAAGGAUUUACCGAGCUGCCCUGAUGCUAAGAGCAUCAGCAGCCCCUGCACAGCCAACCCAUACAGACAGGCGUGGGCCCAGAAGCACUGCGGCAUCAUACAGAGUGACGUCUUCUCUGCCUGCCACUCCAUUGUGGAUCCUGCUCCAUACUACGAUGCCUGUGCGUUUGACUCCUGUGCUUGUGACACUGGUGGAGACUGUGAGUGUUUCUGCACUGCUGUGGCUGCUUAUGCUGAAGCCUGUAAUCAAGCUGGCAUCUGUGUACGAUGGAGAACCCCAAAGAUCUGUCCUCUCUUCUGUGAUUACUACAAUCCUCCGGGUGAAUGUGAAUGGCACUACAUGCCAUGUGGAUCUCCGUGUAUGAAAACCUGCAGAAACCCAUCAGGCAGCUGCUCCUCACUGAUGCCUCCUCUAGAAGGUUGCUAUCCAAAAUGUCCCCCUGCUCAGCCAUACUUUGAUGAGGACACAAUGACAUGUGUUGUAAAGGAUCACUGUGGCUGCUACGAUAAAGAGGGGAAACACUACAAAAAUAAUGAAAAAGUACCAACCACCGAAAACUGUCAGGCAUGUAUUUGCGGUUCAAUGAACAUCCAGUGCCAUUACGAUGCCCAAGCCUGUACUUGCACAUAUCAUGGAAACAGAUAUCCCACUGGCAGCACCAUCUAUAACACAACAGAUGGACACGGUAACUGCAUCAUAGCGGUGUGCGGGAAGAAUGGUACCAUUGACAAGAGGUCAUACCCAUGCCCAGUACCCACGACACCUACCAGCCCUCCAACCACCUUUGUUUUUACAACAACCACACCAAAGCCACCCACACGCCCAGUCACAUGUAAUCCUUGUCAAUGGUCGCAAUGGUAUGAUACCAGCUUCCCCACACUGGGACCUCAAGGAGGAGACAGUGAAACCUUCGAAAAAAUUAGAGAGGCAGGUUCAACCACCAAACCCCCAGCGCCUACAACAACCAAACAUGUUACCGAGCCACAUUGUCAGGAAAAAUCAUGCGACUGGUCAAAAUGGAUUAGUUCUGACUACCCUGAGUAUGGUCCUGACGGCGGUGACAAUGAAACCAUCGCACAUAUCAUCCAGAAAGGAUAUAAAAUCUGUGAGAAUCCAGUGGAAGUGGAAUGCCAGGGUGUGGACUAUCCCGGGGUUCCCCUAAAAACCUUGGACCAAAAAGUGACAUGUAACAACAAAGUAGGAUUCCUCUGUAGGAACAGCUUACAGUAUCCCCCCAUAUGUCAAAAUUAUGAAAUACGGGUAAAGUGUUGCAAGACAGUGCCAUGUAGCACAACGUCAAAACCUACUACACUACCUUCUACUACAACCACCACACCUUCUACCACAACUGAAACAACUACAACUCCACCACCCACAACUACCACAACCACUACACCUUCUACCACAACUGAAACAACUACAACUCCACCACCCACGACUACUACAACCACCACACCUUCUACCACAACUGAAACGACAACUACAUCACCAACAACUACUACAACCACUACACCUUCUACCACAACUGAAACAACUACAACUCCACCACCCACAACUACUACAACCACCACACCUUCUACCACAACUGAAACAACUACAACUCCACCACCCACGACUACCACAACCACCACACCUUCUACCACGACUGAAACAACUACAACUCCACCACCCACGACUACCACAACCACCACACCUUCUACCACAACUGAAACAACUACAACUCCACCACCCACAACUACUACAACCACCACACCUUCUACCACAACUGAAACAACUACAACUCCACCACCCACGACUACCACAACCACCACACCUUCUACCACGACUGAAACAACCACAACUCCACCACCCACGACUACCACAACCACCACACCUUCUACCACAACUGAAACGACAACUACGCCACCAAAGACUACCACAACCACUACACCUUCUACCACAACUGAAACAACCACAACUCCACCACCCACGACUACCACAACCACCACACCUUCUACCACAACUGAAACAACCACAACUACACCACCAACAACUACCACAACCACCACACCUUCUACCACAACUGAAACAACCACAACUAUGCCACCAACGACUACUUCAAUCACUACACCUUCUACAACAACUGAGACAACUCCAAGUCCAACUACUACAACCACCACACCUUCUACCACAACUGAAACAACAACUACUACAACCACCACACCCUCUACCACAACUGAAACAACAACUCAACCACCCACAACUACUACAACGACUACGCCUUCUACCACAACUACAACUACAACUCGGCCACCUACAACUACACCUUGCCCUGGAGGACAUGAUAUGACAUGUGGCUGGACAGAUUGGAUCAAUGUUGGCAAGCCCACACCUGGCCCUGAUGGUGGAUAUGAUAAAACCAUCCAGAGCAUAAGUUCCUCUGGUCAUGGAUGCCCGGCUCCUGAAGAAGUCCAGUGUAGAGCUGUUAUGUACAAAAAAUUACCCAUGUCACAGUUGGGUCAAAAUGUGACUUGCAACAAAGAUGUUGGUCUCACAUGCAUCAACAAACAACAAGGGCAGAACCAACAGUGUCUUGAGUAUGAGAUUAAAUUCAAAUGCUGUGGGUGUCCACCAACUCCUUCCACGACAGUACCAACUCCAACAACCACCACACCAUCUACCACAACUAAAACAACCAGUACAACUCGACCACCUACAACUACUACUACAAUCACGACAACUUCUACCACAACUGAAGAACCAGUAGUGACAGGAGGAACCAGUCAACCAUCUACUGGAAGACUUUGCCAUUGUAUUCAUAAUGGUGUAGUCUUCCUUCCUGACUCUAUCGUCUACAAUGAGACAGACGAAGAUGGCUACUGUUACACAGGAUACUGCAAUCACAACUGCGUCGUUGAACCUAGACACCACAAAUGUUCUGAGAUAGGGUGUUCUUAUCUAACACCUCCGCGACAGGAUGGUGAAAGCUGGAAAGAGAAAGACUGUCGUGUAGGAACAUGUGUUAAUGGCAGUGUUACCCAUUCACCGCUCGUUUGUCCAACUCCAAAGCCUGUAGUGUGUGCAAAUAACUUCGCUCCUGUAAAAGUGUACGAUGAUGAUGGAUGCUGCUACCACUAUGAAUGCCAAUGUAUCUGCUACGGCUGGGGGGACCCUCAUUAUGUCACCUUCGAUGGAACCUACUAUGGUUUUCAAGGCAACUGUUCCUACUGGCUGGUGAAAGAGAUCUACCCCAAAUACAACUUCAGUGUUUCCAUCUAUAACCAAUACUGUGGUGCAGUUGACGGCUUGUCCUGUCCUAAGGCCAUCACUGUCUUUUACCAAAACUUCAGGAUCUUUAUCACACAGAGGCAUAUCAAUAGCACUUUCAUAAAUGAGAUUACUGUGAAUGACAAGCAUGUAAGUCUUGCAUACCAGAAUGCUGACUUCCGUAUAGCCACCACCGGUAUUGACACAGUGCUUGUCAUCCCUAAAAUCGGAGCCAGGAUCACCUUCUCAGGCCUCAUAUUCAGCAUCUACUUGCCCUACAGCAAAUUUAACGGCAACACCUGGGGACAGUGUGGCACAUGUGACAACAACCGGACAGACGACUGCAUGUUGCCCAGUGGUAAAAUUGAUCCUUCAUGUCCCGGUAUGGCACACGAGUGGCACGAUGGUGGCUGUGAAGUUCACCCAAAACCAACACUGGCGCCAUCACCUACACCUACUCCCUGUGAUACAACCAUCUGUGAUAUCAUCAAAAGCAGCGUGUUUGAAGAGUGCCACAAGCUCAUUGGCUACAGUCCAUUCAUCAAGGCCUGUGAGUCGGACAUUUGUCACAUGCACAUCAAGCACAUCGGCUGCACCAGCUUACAAAUGUAUGCUGACUCCUGUGCUGAAGCUGGAGUGUGUAUCGACUGGAGGAAUGCCACCAAAGGACUCUGCAAUUAUACCUGUGUGAGUCCCAAAGUGUAUCAGGCCUGUGGCCCUCUGGUGGAGAACACCUGUGAUUCCUGGUACAACCAGAAGUUCAUCAAUACUGUCAAUCAGUUCAGUGUCAUGCUGAAUAUGAAACUGGAGGGUUGCUACUGCCCGCCGGGCACCCAUCUCCUCUCUUCCAGCUCCAAUGAAUGUGUGCCCACCUGUGAAAUUUGUCGGCUGCCAAAUGGAAAAUGGAAAAAGGCCAACUCAACAUGGACAGAAGGCUGUAACGAGUGUAUAUGUGAUGAGGACACACUGCAGUCCAUCUGCCGUCCUAGGUCCUGUCCAGCACUGCCGCCUCUCAGCUGUGACCACGAGGGUCAGGUCAAGGUCACUCAAACUGAUGGGUGCUGUAAGAAGGAGAAGUGCGAGUGUGAUGUGAAGCUCUGCCCUACUGUUGUGCUGUCCUGUCCUCCUGGUUUUGAGCUGAUCACCACUCAGGGAGUCUGCUGUCUCAACACCUCCUGCCGGGUUAAGGAUGUGUGUGUUUUUAACAACAUCGAAUAUCAGGUUGGAGACGUGAUACCCAUGAGCCCAUGCAAAAAGUGCGUUUGUGGCCCUGACAAAGACCCCAGCACCCAUCUGCACAUAAUAGUGUGUCAGUCUUCACCAUGUGACACCUUCUGCCCUGUGGGUUUUAAGUACGAGAUCAUCCCUGGACAGUGCUGUGGGACGUGUGUCCAGAAGAACUGCACUGUCAAGCCGCCAAACUCAAACAUCACACACUCAAUAAAGCCUGGCACCGUCUGGACUCCUCCUGGAAUGCCCUGUCUGAGGUACGAGUGUGUGAAGAUGGGUAAUCAGUUCAUCACUGUUGAGUCCAAGACCAUCUGUCCUCCCUUCGAUCCUAAAGAAUGCAUACCGGGAACAGAGACCGUAGCUCCAGACGGAUGCUGUCAUGUCUGUAUUCCGAAGGGUCAGCCGUGCAGUGUGUCCACUACGACUGUUCAACUGGAGAACCAGGGCUGCCUGUCUAAGGACCUGAUCAAUGUCACAAGCUGUAAUGGAGCAUGUGGCACCUUCACCUUCUUCUCAGCCAAAGCCAAGUCGUUGCAGCACACCUGCUCCUGCUGCCAGGAGGUGGCCACAUCGGAGCGGCAGGUCCAGCUCACCUGCCCUGACAGCUCAGAGAUCACCUACACCUACACCCACAUCGACUCCUGCGCAUGCCUCAAGACAGACUGCUAUGUGACUGGCCGCAGCGAAAACGCGGCCGCUCCCAACUCCAGUCGAAGCAGGAGAUAAGGCGAGAACCAGGACACACUUAAUAAUGUAAUGAGCGUGCAUUUA